UUGGCUUGCGAUUAAAUUUUAUAAAUACAACACAAAUAAGUCAAUUACAACUCUGAGCUCUGAUAUAAGUAAAUGAAAUUUAGGUCAUAACAAUUUAGCGAGUGAUACUUGUUGAUAGCCUCGUUUAUUCAGUUCAUUUGUUGCUUUGCCGCAACAUGUUCUUUGAAUUGUACUGGCAGUAUUUUGUCGUCGGGCUAAUUUUUUACGUGAUUGGUAGGGUUGGACUGACAGUGUACCAGGGUCUUAAUAAAAAACAAGCUCUUCAAAAGAAGGACGAUGACUACCAAACCCCAGACCAAACUGCAGAAAUGGAGUUGGAAUCCUCGAAAGAUGAAGGAGAUGAAGAACUUGCGCCAGCACUUCCAAGCGACCUAAAACACAUACCCUUACAGUUCGAAAGAAUGUCCAAGGAUCGAGCUGUUAAAAAGUCAGAGGAGUUUUACGAUUUACUGAACAAACGACGCACUGUUCGGCAUUUCAGCAAGGAACCAGUGCCAAAGGAAAUUAUUUAUAACAUCAUCAAAACCGCAGGCACAGCACCAAGCGGAGCACACACCGAACCCUGGACCUUUGCAGUGGUCAGUUCCCCGGAAAUAAAACGGCAGAUCAGGCAGAUUAUAGAGGACGAGGAGGAAAUAAAUUACAAAAAACGAAUGGGUAAAGUUUGGACCACGGAUCUGAAGCCACUGAGGACCAACUGGGUUAAGGAGUAUCUGACAGAUGCUCCAUACUUGAUCCUAGUGUUCAAGCAGAUGUACAGCUUCAAGGAGGACGGCACGAAGAAGUUGCAUUAUUACAAUGAACAGAGCGUUUCACUGUCGUGCGGAAUUCUCUUGGCAGCCAUCCAUUGUGCUGGAUUAGUUUCUUUGACGUCGACUCCCCUGAACUGCGGCCCAGCUCUUAGGUCGCUGCUAGGGAGACCUGCUUCUGAAAAACUGACCCUGUUACUUCCGGUGGGGUAUCCAGCAGAGGAGUGUCUAGUGCCCGAUCUUCACAGAAAACCGCUGGAAGAUAUUAUGGUAGAAUUUUAAUUUAACAAAUUUGGGACAAUAUCUACUUUUUUUAUAUAUUAAAAUUUUCUAAAUGUAAACCAUAAACACUUAUUUGUAAUAAAGUAUCUCACUGAUAGAGCUGUGAUGAA